AUGAGGAUAGUUCACCUCCAAAUACAAUCAACAUUGGAAAGUUUCCGCUUUUGCCACUCCGCACACGGGUUCGUGGGCCGGCCAGUACGCUUCCACCCUCAAACCUCGCAGCACAUCUAUCCCCUGAACCCAAUGAUGAGAGUUACGAUGCUUUGGAUGAAGUCCUAA